CAACAUUCAUAUAUAUUUUUCAGGGUAGCAUACUCUACCCUACAAAAAAAACUACCAAGAACUAAGUACCUACAUAGUGCAAAAUUGCAAUAACGUGCAUUGUUUUUGUAAUAUUUGAAGCACCACGAGAUUAUUGUAUGCGUAUGUACUAUGUAGCUAAGUAGUACCCAGUGAUUCUGUGGUUAUUUCCUUUCCAAGAGUUAAAUGUGAACAGUGCAAGUAUCCAGUAACAUAAAACUUUACAAAUAAGUUUCAAUAUAAAUACUCGUUCUCCAUCGAAAAGUGUUCAGCGAGCAGCCAUGUUUAAACUAGAGAACAGCCCUGAUAGCGUUGACCAGGAAUUAGACUCGGAUCUCUUAGUAGUGGACCCGUCUUAUAACCCGGAAGUCUUGAACGAUUUAUUUUACAAUGACCCGUGCAUCAUCGAAAGUUUGACGGAUACGCUGAGUCGCCAGACGUCGUUUCCGGUAUCGCCGAUCGGCCCCCCGGACCGAUACCCGUUGAAUAAUGAGUCGCAGUUCGUGGUGCAAAUCAACAGUUCCGACGUCAAGCGGAAGAAAUACCUUUAUUCCCACAAAUUGAACCGUAUCUACGUGGACAUUGAGACUUGUUUCUGCAUCGAGUUCAAUUGGAACCAGAAGAUGUUCACGCACAGCGGGCCGAUGUAUGUGCGCUCGGUCGUGGUGUUCUCCGACAUGGCGCAGGCUCAGAAGAGGGUCGAGGUGUGUGUGCAACAUUACCACACGGCGAAGUCUGCCGGCAAACCUGACCUGGAAGCGAAGAACGUGCUGCUGUCGGCCCGCUCGGGCACGGACGGCGUGCACUACUGCGGCGUGCCCGAGCGGCCCGACUCCUGGCUGUCGGUGCUGGUGGAGUUCAACAAGACCUCGGACGAGCCGUGUCUGCACGCGUACCAGUUCGUCUGCAAGAACUCUUGCUCCACCGGCAUCAACCGCCGCUCCAUCGAGAUCAUCUUCACUCUUGAAGAUAAGAGCGGCAAGGUGUUCGGCCGGCAGACGGUGGGGGCGCGCGUGUGCGCAUGUCCCAACCGCGACCUGUGCAAGGACGAGAAGGACGCGCCCGCCGCCGGCCCGCCGACCAAGAAGCGCCGCUGCGAGCCCGCGCGCGACCCCGCGCACCACGCCGCGCACCACACCCCGCAACACGCCCCGCAACACCCCGCGCACGAACACCUGCCGCUACUGCCCGCGCUCCCGGUGGUUGACAAACACAUCCUGGAAACUGGGCUGUUGAUGAUCCUCCGCAUGACGGAGCAGGCCGCGGCCGACCGGAGCGGCGAUCCGCAAGCCGUCGCCAACUGUAAAAAAUCUAUCGCCGCCUUCGAGAAAUAUCUCGCAGACAUGAAACAGCCGCCAUCUUGAAUUUAUUUGAACCUAUUUAAAAAUAAUUAUGAAUGUACCCUUUUUUAUAUAAUUUUUACGAAAAAAUUUACUUUUUUUUUAAAUAAUGAAUACUACUUACAUUUUUUUUUGUCGAACGUGUUUUUAUUUUUGUGAAUACCGUUCGCUAUAAAUUAUGGCGGUCUUAGACAUUAUAAGAGAAUUAGUAAUGCGCCAUUUUAUAAUAAAUGGUAUUGUAGUAAGUGUUAAAAAUAAUGACACGUCCAUUGUUAGAUUAUUGGUUAUUAUUACGUAUAGUGGUAAAUAUUAACACAAUUAUGCCACCCUGUUGGAGCUGGAUAUACACAGGCUGAUCCCGGAACGCGACACACUUACGUGGGCCACUAUGGCGGGUUUUAACACUUUGUGUACGGCGCGGUGGUCGCUAUCCGGGCGGAUAUAAAAUAUAUCCUACCAGAAAACUGUCAAACUAAUCAACAUCUAUAACUAUGUGCAGUGUUAAUAACACACAAUAUAGUUGCGGUCAAUUACAUAAACAAUAAUAAUACGUGGAUAUAUUUUUCAAUUCCAAAAGAAUGUAAACGUUGACAGGAAAAUGUUCUACAUCAAUUACUACGUUUUUAUACAUUUUGUAGUUAUUACACAUUCAUUUGAGGCUGACUGUACCUAUACAAGUUCGUGAAUACAUUUUGAAGCUCGUUAUUGUCCAUUCAGAAAUUUUAACGUUGUCAAUGUUUGCUGUUCUUAGUGCCUUUAUGAAAUCUAAAUUUGGUGCUGUUUUAGCCCACAGUGAUAUCCAUAUAUCACAUAAAAUGUGUAAUAUUUAUAUAUAUAAGCAUGUAAUAUAGAUAGUCAGCCACAAAAAUAGUCGAACAAAUUCAAAAUUUUAAUACUGUUUUAUACAUUCACUCGGAAUGAAAUAUAUAUUUUUUUCUUUAAAUAAUAAAGUAAUUCCCUUUGAUGUUUAUGUUUGUGUAGAUAAGAACAUAAAAGCUUAAAAAUUUAUAUUUUGGAUUUGUAUAGCUACUUUUGUGUCUGACUGUACACUAGUAGCUUAAAUUUAUUGCUAUUUUUGUAUUUUAGUAUAGUUAUUUAGCGUUAUGUUUGGAUCGGCGAAAAGUGAAAGUUUCCGAAAGUAACCGACACAACGUAUAGGUACUACAUAUACAUAAAUGCAGUCUGCAAAUCACUAAUGAUAAUUAAGAUUUUAUAUAAGUAAAUUACAAAAGAGAAGCCGGCAAGGAUCGGAUUAUAUGGACCACUCGUUUUCGAAAUGAUCUGAUGACCCUUUGUAAUCGUUACUAAGAUCCAGUAAGAGCUACGGUCACAAACUGUGUACGCUCAAAUCAUAUUCAUAUGCGUGUACCUACUGAGAAUAGCAAAACAGCGUAUAAAAGGCGUCAUGAAUUCUUUUAAAAGUAUUAAGUGCAUUGGCCCUUAUAAAAAACAGUGAAAUAUUUUAAAAUAAAAAAUAUUUUAAGGUCAAGGGCUCUAUUCCGUCUAUAAGGGCAAAUCUGUCUUUUUGUAAUUACGGGCGUUUCAUUAGAAGGACAGCUUCAAUAGCCGUUAGGUAAUAGACAAAAAAACCUAUUUACCUAUAUAAAAACCAAACUACUGAACCGAUUUUGAAAAAAAAAGUCAAUGGGACCAGUGGAAAGUGUAAUGUUUAAAUAAAAAAAAUCCAAAUCGGUUAAAAUGUGUUAAAUUUCGCCUCCUAGUUUUUCGCCCGUUUUAUUUAUAGUCAAAAUAUUAUAAUUAAGUGUAUUUUAAUGUUAAGGCUAUUGUGACGUAACAUGGAGAUUCAUAAACAUUUUAAAGCAGAUUCAGCAUUCCACAAGUGCCUUAUCUAAAUAUGGGUAUGCGUCAUUACGUGACCCAAAUACUUAUUUGACCAAGAAAUAAUAGUCAAUAAAACUACUCAUACACGCUAUUUUUACCUUACAACUAGCUUUUGCUCACGGCUUCCCCCGUGAAAGCAAAUCCAAAUUUAAUCUAAAUCCAUUCGGUAUUUUUGAGUUUAUAGAGUUCAUACAGAAGGCGAGCAACUUUGUUUUACAAUAUGUAAUGAUGCAGCCUUCCCAACGUUGUACUGUAAACAUGUAAACAUUUUCAAAAAAAUCGUUUUUUUACGACUUUUAAAUUCAGCCACGUAUUAUUACCUAUAGAAAUUUUUCUUUACAUUGUUGGAAUACAACUGUCGACUUUACGGAGGUGGGCGUUAAUAUCUGCGACACAGUUACCCAACUAAUGCAGAUAUUUUCGAACAUUGUAUUUUAAAAAAAACUGUAUUAUUAUUAUUAUUCAUAGUUACGUCACCCUUGUAAAAUUGCAUAAGAAAUUACCGGCUUGCACAAAAUACAACAUAAUUGAAAAGCGUAUUUUUUUAUAUAUCUAUUUUGACAUUUGUUAAUGUGUAACGUAUCUACUCCAGACGUUACGUUGCGAUAAGUCACUUUCAUACCUAUUCUUAAGGAUUUAUUUCACAACUAAGUAAACGCUAUACUGCCGUGCUAAGCCCAAAGGCGGUAAUUCAAAAAAAAUCUAUAUCUUAAUUUUUAUGUUGAAGCUUAAAGAAAUGCCCAUCCAAUUAACUUACCUAAAUAACGGUAUCUUGUUUAAAACUUGUUAAAAAACCUUAAAAGAGUUUCUCUGUCUCAGUUUUACAUGCAAAACUAUAUUUACAAAACUUCGAUUAUCUCGAAAUAAGGUUUCCCUGACAUACCGCUUCUGCGCUUAGCGCGGCAAUACACGUCACGUAAAUGUAUGUAUAAGCCGACCAAAUAUAAUAGUCGCAUUAAUCUAUGCUCUCCAAAUAAAUGGUAAUAAAAUGAAUGCCAACUACAUUAGCUGCUUAAUAUGAUGUUAAAUAAAAUUUAUUUGAAACUUGUGAAACAGAUCAUACUAGUAAUAUUGCUAGUUUGUAUUACUCCGCUUUCGGCAAAGGGAUGAAAAUCCUUAGAUCUUAAAACGAAUAUUUUUGUAUUACAAAUAUUUAUGCAAUGUUUUAAUAUAAGCAUAACAUGUUAAUUACUUUAGCAAAAAUAAAUAAUUAAAUUAAAACACUUACUAAUCGAAUUCUUGGUGAAAUGGUGCGUUUUAUCAUGCAAUAUUAUUGAUUUCGGGCGGAAUUUUUAUUAUCUUACUUAUAAUAAAAUACACUAAAAUCAUAUGCAUAUUAGAAGAAAAUAACAGAGAUACAAGGAAUCCAUAAAAGAAAUAGAUUUUUUAAAAUUUUUGUUUGCUUUACCUAUUGGAUUUAAUACUGUAAUAAAAAUGAUAGGCCCUAAUACGUACCAAUUCAAUAUACAUAUGGAGAAUCUACAUAAUUCUUCGUGAUAAUUAUCAAAGCCGCCCAGAUAUCUUAUCGUUGUCUUCCCCGAUAUAGUAUGAUAAAACUAAUGUAGCAACGAUUAUAAUUAUGUAUAAUAUUGUUUCACCUAAGUGCCUAGAAACGUCAAUAUCGGCGUUUUUUAAAAUGUCCGCCUUUAUCAUAUUAUGCGACAUAGUAUAACUCUGUCAAUGAUUUUUAGAAAGGCAAGUCUAUACUAAAAAAUGGCAAAUAUUAUUAUUAGAUUUACCUUACUUACAGUUAACACAAUAAAUAAUAAAUGACAAUUUAAAUGUAUGAAGAAAUUGGUAACACUGACAUAACGGUUUUUGUAAACAUAUUUUAAAUUUAGAUCAUGUACAAUUUUAGCAGAAACUAAGUAGUGUAACAGAUAAGGGUUAAAAUUAGCUUAGUAUAUGUUUUAAAUUAUAUAUUUUUCGUACGUGAUUUAACUAUUUUUAAAUACUUAAUUAGUACGAGCGCACAUCCACGUACGAAACAAAAUAUUUACACGAUAUUUUCAUCGACCAAUAUUUUGUAAUUUACAUAAAAUGACAAUUAUUCAGAUAAUUGUGAUUGACAAAAUUUAAAGCUUUUAUAGAAGUUUCGUGAAUGUUUCAAUGUGGAUAUGCGUGGGCAGUAAGAAGUAUAUUUGUAAUGAAUACCAAUGUUUAAUACCAAAUAUUGGUAUAUAAUUGUUAAUAGUUUUAAUAAAUAUUUUUUUUAUUUUA